GUUAUAUUGUAUUAAUGUUUGACUACUUGUGUAUUCACUAAAAAUAAUUAACAUUUAAUUAUUAUAUGCUACGAAAUAACUAAAUAUUUUUGUGAUAAUAAAAUAUUUUUAAUAAAAAUGGAUAAAAUAUACUUCGCAUUUAUUUUACUGUUUUAUAUGGUUGCAUUAAUAUAUCCAAGUGAUGCCGUCCGGGCACCGGAGGGUAAAAAACUGGCAAAGGCGGUACAGUCCACGGAUAAUACCAGGGCCAUGUCCACCAUACUGAACAACCCUAGCAAACUCCAGUGCGGCAACCAAUCGGACUCCAUACUAGACUUUGCCUUGCACAAACUACUAAACCAAAAGUUCCCCACCAAUGCCCGUCAAUUACGUCAAUUUUGUAACCAGGCUCAACGUAUCAUCGAGUUUGUGGACGUAUUUUUGAAACAGUGUUUGAAUGAGUUCACCAAAAAGAUCGUGUCGUUUGUGUUUUUCCCGAUUAAACGCGAGUUUAAGACGGUUUGCAAGAGUGGUAAACCUGGUCCUAAGGCCAGGGAGCUUAUGGUUGCCUCUAAUUGCGGUAAUCACGCGAGACCUGGACUUCGGAAAUGCUAUAAUGUGUUCGUAGACCAGGAGCUGGGUAUGCAACAGGUUAUCCAAAAGCAACGUAUACCCAUGCGCAUUCAAUCAAUUACGUCAGUGUUUCAUAUCGGAGGCCGAGGAGGUAAAGCCAGCGAUAGGUGCGUUAAAGUAAUCAAUAAUAUACCGGAAAUCAAUAUGACUGACACCGAUCGACCAAUGUCAUUUAUAUCGCCACUAAUAACCAUAUUCGGUGACCUGGGUGAUGAUGAUAUCACUGUAUAAUUACCUUGAAACUAAUUA